UCCCAAGCCAUGUGCAGGUUUCAUGGCAACUCAACUAUAAGUACCAUGCAAACCCCAUCUCUAAUUCACACAACACUGUAAGUCUCUCUUACUGUAUAUCACUCUCUCUUGUUCGCCUCUUAUACAUACAUAUAUACACAUAUAUGGCAUACCAGAGUAGUGAAGGUUCUGUGGGAAGCUCCAUGCGCCAUGGAGUAACAGGCAAACAACAAAUUUUUGCAUUUUCAUCUUCAUCCCCAUCCUCACCAUCUCCACCUCCUGCAAAUCCCGAUACUCCCACGUCAAAUUUUCUCUCCCGGUUGAUUCAGAGACAGAGCCAAAUCUUCAAGCCAUUUUCCUUCCACAAACCCACAUGACACUUUCCACUUAUCCUGGAUCUCUUCUUCACCUUGCUUGUCUCCAUGGCCGCGACCCCUAUCGUCCCCAUCAUCCGCGACAACCUCAAAUUAACCAAAUCCGACAUCGGAAAUGCCGGCGUAGCUUCCGUCUCCGGCGCCAUAUUAUCACGCCUCAUCAUGGGCGCAGUCUGCGACCUCAUUGGUCCACGUUACGGAACUGCAUUCCUUCUCCUCCUAUCUUCUCCGACUGUUUUCUGCAUGUCCUUCGUGUCCGAUGCUCAGGGAUAUUUAGCCGUCCGAUUCAUGAUUGGAUUCUGUCUGGCGACGUUUGUGUCUUGCCAGUACUGGACGACGGUGAUGUUUAACGGGAAGAUAAUUGGGCUGGUGAAUGGAUGUGCAGGUGGGUGGGGAGACAUGGGUGGUGGAGUCACUCAGCUGUUGAUGCCAUUGGUUUAUCAUAUAAUUAAACUUGCUGGCGCUACGCCAUUCACCGCCUGGAGAAUUGCUUUCUUUGUUCCUGGUUCGCUUCAGAUCAUUAUGGGACUCUUGGUCCUAACUCUUGGCCAAGACUUGCCUGAUGGUAACCUCAGCACCCUACAAAAGAAAGGUGAUGUUGCAAAAGAUAAGUUCUCCAAGGUGUUAUGGUUUGGUGUCAAGAACUACAGAACAUGGGUGUUAUUCAUUCUUUAUGGAUUCUCCAUGGGAGUUGAGCUGACCAUCAACAAUGUCAUUUCGGAAUAUUUCUAUGACAGAUUUAACCUGAAGCUUCAUACUGCUGGAACUAUAGCAGCAAGCUUCGGCAUGGCUAAUUUCUUUGCUCGUCCUUUUGGUGGCUACGCUUCUGAUACAGCAGCAAGAUUGUUUGGCAUGAGAGGCCGCUUAUGGAUUCUUUUCAUCUUCCAAACCCUCGGAGGCCUAUUCUGUGUCUGGCUCGGCCGUGCCACAUCUCUACCUAUUGCCAUCUUGGCCAUGAUCCUCUUCUCAAUCGGGACACAAGCAGCUUGCGGUGCAACUUUUGGGAUUGUCCCCUUUGUUUCCCGGCGAUCUUUAGGUAUAAUCUCAGGCCUAACCGGUGCUGGAGGGAAUUUUGGAUCCGGUCUGACUCAGCUCAUCUUCUUCUCUUCCUCAAGAUUCCACACAGCAACCGGCCUGUCUCUGAUGGGUGCCAUUGCAGUGAUCUGCAGUCUCCCUGUUGCAUUUAUUCAUUUCCCACAGUGGGGCAGCAUGUUCCUGGGUCCAUCAAGAGAUCCACAGAAAUCGAAAGAAGAAAAUUAUUAUACAUCCGAGUGGACUGAAGAGGAGAAGCAGCAGGGAUUGCAUGAAGGAAGCAUCAAAUUUGCAGAGAACAGCAGAUCAGAGCGCGGCAGGAGAGUUGCACUUGGUUCAGCACCAACUCCGGAGAGCUCAUCCCCAGCUCAUGUCUAGAUACAUAUACAUAAAUAUAUAAAUAUGUGUGAUUCGAGCAUUGAAGUUCGAGCAAGAUUUGACUUGGUUAUGAAGAUGAUUCCAAGAAAGUUGGCUAAGUUUGGGAGAGAAGUUGACUCAUCUCUGAUAAGCUAUGUAAUGCACAUGAAAGCGAAACUCGCUUUCUGACCGUACAGAUGUCAGACAAGUUGCUUGCUUUAAUUAAAAAGAAAACCCUAAUCCCGAUUAUACAUCUCUAAUUUCUAUAAUCAAUUGCUUCAUUCACAAAAGUUAAAUCUAAUUUAUUGGAGGAGGUCAAUAACUGAGCAUCAUAACCAUGAAAUCUUAAGAUUCUGUGUUUUCCAACUUUUCUUUCUUAUUUCU